AAAGAAAAUCAAUAAAAAAUCUAAAGAAAAGGUAACUUGUAAGUAUAUUAAAUAAAUAUAUUUAGUAAAGUAAAGUAAAUAAAAAUGAGCACACUUACCCAUUCAGUAAAAUUUUCAGAAUAGCCAUACUCUUAGAAUGACAAAUUCUAAGUACAUGUUCCUGACCUAGACGAAGCUGCAAAUAUGCAUAAUGGGUCUAUUCAAUAAGGAAAUAAUAGCAGAGUUCAUCAAUUCAAAGAAGAAGAAUAAUAGGCAAGACAUUAAAAUGCUGUACUCAAUAACUACUCUAGCUAUCAACCUGGAGCUUCUUAAAUCUAUUCUCCACACUAUGCACAUCAUGCAAAACUCUAAUUAUAAAACGAUAUCGAAAAACAGUUUAACUAUUCUGGAAGCAGACUCAGAUCACCUCAUCACAAUCCUUAGAGUAAAAUUCAAUCUAAGUUAAGAACAAAUGUUUAUCUAGACUAGCAAUACAAUUAAUUUAAUGGUUAGAGCUACUACAAUAAUUUGGAAGGGGAGCAUUGUCCAGAACACUGCCCUCAUGUCCAUUCAAAGCAUUCUUUACAUGAAUCCAGAAAUGCCCUGCAAAAAGAUUCUAACUCUAAUAAAUUACUACUUUACCCAUAACCUUACGGCAGUGGAGCAUAUACUAAUUAGCUUUAAAAGCGUAACAUUCAUGCUAAAACUGGAAACAAUUUUUAUAAUAGCAAUGGCUCAAGAUAAAUAUAUACUUCUUAAGAAAGUGUAAGAAGAAGCACAAAUAAUAAUUCUACAACCUUUAAUUCAAUCAUGCAAAAUAAAAGAGUAUAGGAAAAGUUGAGAGAAAAAUUGUAUUUUGAUGAAAGAACCAAAACAGUACCUAAAACUACUAUUAAAAAUGGAAUCAUAGAAAAUAUAGUAUCAGAAGGUGAUGUUUUUAUGGGAAAUAAACAGCUAAUGGAGAGUAUUUACAAAUUGAAGUCCUUAAAUCUCCUUAAAUAGCAUGAAAGUCAUGUUAAUCGUUAUAAUGGAGUAGGAAAAUUCCCAUUCGUAUUUAAUGACUACCAUUCUAAGUCUACAAACAAUGGAUAUUCUAGAUAAGAAAAGGGAGGCUAUUUCUUUACUAGAUGA